GCAAUUCAGAGUAAUGGUUGCUUCCGAAAAUGUCCACUCUUGAAAACCACUUCAAGCAAGUUCUGGCCGAAUUCAAAAAGCGCCUCAAGCCUGAUGAGCUGGCCAAAUUUGCCUUUACGAGCCUCAAUGAUCUCGAAUUGGCGACGAAGGAUCUGCAAGAGAAGCAGAAAAAAAACAAGACAAAUCAGAAUCUCACCAGGAUUCAACCUUUCCUCCAAGCAAUGAUGCAAUAUAAGGAGGUUAUCGAAGUCUUUUUGAACGCUUCUUCAAUGCUUUCCUUUAUUUGGGGGCCAAUGAAAUUCAUGCUCCUAACUGCAAGUAACUGGGCCAAGUCAUUCGACAUACUGCUGGACGCGUACAAACAGUUGGCGGAAAACUUCCCUCUUCUGAUGCAAUACCGUUCAAUGUUCCAAGAUAAUGAACAUAUGAAGAAAAUUCUGGUCUGGAUCUAUGAAGACAUCUUGAAAUUUCAUCUUCGUGCUUUGAGAGUAUUCACUCAGCCAGCGUGGCGGCAAUUCUUCAAUGCCACGUGGAAAGACUUCCAAGAAAGCUCCAAACCAAUCUUGGAUGAUAUAAUUCGGCACCGAGAAUUAAUUGAGAGGAAAACGAACCUGGUGGAGAUCCAAGAAUCACGCAAUGCUCGCCUUCAGUCACAGGCAUCAUUUACUGCUCUUGAAAGGGAACAGAACCUAGCCAAAACCCUUGCGGUAGUCAACUGGCUUUCGGCGGCUGAUGCAGCUUUGGAUCAAGAAGAGUUCGCCAAUAAACGACAAUAUACUCCCGACAGUGGUCGUUGGAUUCUGAAGGAGCCGAAGAUUAAGGACUGGUUUGAUCUAGCUGAUUCAUCCGUACCCAUCUUCUGGUUAAGUGGUAUUCCUGGUGCUGGCAAAACCAUUCUUGCAUCGCUCAUUAUUGAAGAGUGCUUGAAACUGCCCGAAUCAAAAAAAGACGAGCUGUCGUUGGCAUAUUUCUAUUGCAGAGACCAGGAUAGCCAGAGGAACAAGUUUAUAAACGUGGCACAAGCGAUGCUAUCUCAGCUGCUUCGACAAAACCCGGAAAUCCUGGCGUACCUUUAUGAAGAAUGCUUAAAAAGUGCUAGAGUGACUCUGGCAUCUCCGCAGGACUGCGUCAAGCUCCUCAAUACUGUUCUACAGGCUGUACCCAAAACCUUCAUCGUAAUUGAUGGAAUUGACGAGUGCGAACAAAAAGAAAGAAGAGCUAUCCUCAAUUUCUUUGUCUCUGCAAUCAACGGUUGUGAUCCAGGGAAGAUCAGGGGCUUAUUCGUCAGCCAAGAACUCAGCGACAUCAAGACGGCUUUGCAUAAUCCAGAAACCUUGCGUUUGAAUGAGGAGAAUAGCAAGGCUGACGUCAAGAAUUACGCUACCAGGCGGGCAGCGGACAUCCAAGAGAGAUUUAAACUAAUGUCUGACGAGGCAAGGGACCACAUCGUGGAAUUAGUUUGUGAAGGACACGAUGGCAUGUUCCUUUUUGCAAAACUUGUGCUUGAAAAUCUCUUUGGCCAGCAAAGCCUGGAAGACGUCUACAAGGAGAUGCACCCGGACAUAUUCCCUCGAGGAUAUGAACAAGCAUACGCACGUAUUGUGAGCAGGAUAUUUGAGAAUCCCAAUCCGGGAGAACGAAGAACAGCACGGCAGCUACUUAGCUGGAUUACAUGCACAAGGCGCCCACUGAAAUGGCAAGAAAUUCAGGGAGCAGCCUCAAUCGACGUAGAGCAAGGCUUUGUCAACUUUGCAGGUCGUCAAUUUCCCGACCAUGCACGGGAUAUAUGUGGGUCAUUAGUGGAAGUGCUGCCAGGAAACAGAUUCUCUCUGGUCCAUAAAACUGCUCGCCAGUACCUUAUCCACAACAAGUUAAUCGACGAGCAUAAAGUGGAGCUUUUACUUGGAGUGCUUUGCAUGAAAUACCUCACAUUCGAAUGUUUCGAUGCGACCAUUUCAGAAGACGAGAUGCGAAGCUUCUUGGUGCAAGGCUACUAUGCAUUCCUCGAUUACGCCAGCCUGCAUUGGAACCAUCACCUCGAGGCAGCGAUUCGCUUCCUAGAUGCAGAUGACUUGUGCCAUUCAGCCGACCUUGGCAUAGCAAUCAAUGAUUUCUCCGAAAUGUACGAUCCAGGGCCAAUGGAAUCAAGUGAUGCACGGAAAGAAUACGCCCAACAAUGUAAAUCGAUUGAGAAGGCAGAUUACUAUGACCCUCUUUUAUCGCUUCUCUACCAUACCAAAACCAGUCGCCUCGCCGAGGAGAAGCUGGAAGCGCUUGGGUCACUAGGCGUAAUCAUCGCUCGAGUUCGUACUAUGCUCGAAGAGUUGCAUGUUUCGACAAGUGACCAACCUGUCCCAAUACCAGGUCACCCUGUCGCUCAGAAUCCGAAAGACUUCUACGGAGACAACUGGUACAAAUGUUCCCGACAUGCCUGCUACUACUUCCACGAGGGCUUCGCAAGUGAGCGAGGCCUGCUACAACACACCAACCGGCACGAGAAACCAUUCUGCUGCACUGAAAUCGGCUGUACCAGAAUGUACAUCGGCUGGGCAACACAAAAGGAGUUGAAAAAGCAUAUGAGCCAAUACCACCCCGAUCCACAGUCUUUUGCUUGGAAGUUUCCUCACGUCAAGAAGCCUCCUUCGAUUGUUCAAUGCAAUCUCUGCCCGAAACAGUUUACCAGAGCCAACAACCUCAAGACACAUCAGCUUAGGGAACACGGCAAGGAACGACCUUUCAUUUGUGCAACGUGCGGAAAGGGGUUUGUAAGGAAGUACGAGUGUGACCGUCAUGCAGGUACGCAUGCAUCCAAGAGUACUGAGUGCACUCAAGCCUCUGAAGGCGAUGAGUUACUGGGGUUUGAAGAACAAGUUUGAUCGGAGAGGUCGCAUUUGUUCAUCAAUCGGGUAUGUGAAUACCUCGGGGGGGG